UCAAUGUUUGUGUCUUCUCAAUGCUUUAAUGCACAUGUUUGUCCAUUAAUCAAUGAGGUGUACAAAACAGUGAUAUCCCAGCAGGGAAGCAAUCUCAUAAUAAUAUGCCCUCUAAAGACUAUCAACUACUAUAGUAAGCUCCAUGCAUGUAUAGCUAGAUCAUUAUUCUAGUGAGUCAAACACUUCAAAUCUGUAUGAGCAAGUAGAUCUAAGUUUAAAUAUUGGUCAUGACUGAAAGAAAGAUUAAAAAAACUGGUUACUUAUGGAAACAAGGAGGUUCUUUCAAAAGUUGGAAAGUCCGAUACUUCAUCCUGACUGAGAAUUGUCUGGAGUAUUACAAGGAUGAAUGUGAGGAAAUCCCGAAGGGUAUAAUAUACUUGAGGAUGGGGCGAGGGGUGCGUACGAGGGAUCAGUGUGACCUGGAGUGGCCAGACAAGGCCAAGCCGGGGAGAUCCUUUGGUCUGGCAGUGGAGAACAGGACUUUCUAUUUCUAUGGGGAUGACCCUGCAGCAGUAAGGGAUUGGAUUUCAUCAAUUCAGGAGACAAUCAGUAAGAUAGGGAUACCCAGUGAUGAUUGCAGUUCAGAUGCCCAGAGCAACACCGAAAAAAAAGUAUCCAAAGCGAUGAGAAGCGGUGUAAAGAUUAUGAACAGAGUGGCCAAGAAAUUCUCAAAGCAAAAAGAGUCAGCAGAAGAAGGUGUGAGUGACAGCACUGCUGUGGACUAUGAAAUCGAGGAAGUUUAUGACAAUGUUGCCAUUAAUCACAAUGCAACAGGUAAUUCCUUAGAGGAAGUGAAUGAUGGUGUUGAAACAACAGAGACCGGUUGCUCUGACAAUGACAGUUUCACUUCCAACACAGAAGUGUACGAGAACCUAGAAAUUAGCCAUGUGGUCAAAAGUGGCCAAAGCAGUAUAGUGGUGGAUACACAAGAUGAAGCGACAGUUCAAACACCAUUAGAAGAGGAAACUGAGUCAGAUGAAUUUGAUGAUGAUGAUGAUGAUGAUGACAGCUUCACUAGUGAGAUAUAUGAGAAUUUCGGCCCUUGACUUUACUUUACGUCUGUGCAAAUGACAUGCAUA